CUUGGUGCCAUUGACCCUGCGAUCUUUUCCCGGGCUCUGCUAUUUUGCCAUUCCAUUAGAGCGCCUGGCAGCUUCUCUCACAGAAAAGAAAAGGAGUUGGUUCCCCGACUGGAGACUGAUUUCAGGCUUCGGAGAGCCAUGAGGACUAGCAGCUGGGUGCUCCACCUGUUCCUUCUGCAGCUGGGUGCUUCUCAUGUCCUAGAGUGGACAUACAAAGGGGAAUUGGAUGAAGCGCACUGGGGAACUAACUUCCCAGACUGCCUUGGAAAGCAUCAAUCCCCCAUCGAUAUUCGGAAGAAAUAUGUCAGAUACACUCCGGGACUAGAAACACUGGAGCUCCACGGCUAUGAUGGGCCGCUGCAAGGACACUUCACGAUGACCAACAACGGCCAUUCAGUUCAGAUAGACCUUCCACCAACCAUGACCAUCACCAAAGGCUUUUCUGGCACCUUCACAGCUGUCCAGUUCCAUGUUCAUUGGGGAGGAAUGGAUCGCGAGACCAGUGGCUCUGAACACACCGUGGAUGGGAUGAGAUAUAUUGCUGAGCUGCACAUUGUCCUUUACAACUCAGCCAAGUAUGCAAGUUUUGAGCAAGCCAAGAUUCAACCAGACGGCUUGGCAGUUCUGGCUUUCCUGUUUGCGGAAGACAAAUUAGAAAACACCUACUACAGCGAUUUCAUCACCAACUUGGCCAAAAUCAGGUUUGCAGGGCAGUCAACUACACUCAACACUCUUGAUCUCCUGUCCAUGUUGCCGGAAAACCUUGCAAAUUUCUACAGAUACCAGGGUUCCUUGACCACACCUCCGUGCACAGAGAAUGUGCUCUGGACAGUAUUUGAUUCGCCCAUCAAACUAUCUCACGCACAGAUUAUGCUGCUGGAGAAUGCCAUUCUGGACUGGGAAAACAAUACCCUGAGGAAUGAUUACCGGCGUGCCCAGCCCCUCAAUGGCAGGGUGGUUGAAGCAUCAUUCCAAGCCAAGAUUAAUGAAGAAAGGUGUUACCCGUUGACCCUCUCUUACAAACUUGGCGAAAUACAGACUCACCUCCAGGAGAUGAAGAAACAAGUUCUGGAUAUCAUGGGGAAACCUGGUCACAGCCUGGCCCAUGUCCAGGCGCUUUACUUCUCCCGCGACAACACUGCCAGCUAUGCUGAGGUCCGCCCCCUGCAGGCAAUGGUGCUCCAGACCUUCACCCUUUGCUUCUGGGUCCAGAACCUGAAUGAAGGGAGACAAACGGUUUUCUUCUAUUCCACCCCAGACAGGGACAACGAGCUGGUGGUCACCGUCGGCAUGGGGGUGGGCGUGUGGAUUGGCGGGAAAUUUGUGCAGUUCAACCUGCACCGCAAGUCUGAGGAGUGGGUCCACCACUGCGUCACGUGGGCCUCCAACUCAGGCACCGUCAAUUUGUGGGUCAACGGAGCCAUGGGCACAGCCAGGAACAUUCAGAAAGGGUACGAGAUCCAGAGUAGCGGAAAGAUCCUCCUCGGAAAAUACAAGAACCCAGUGAUGGACAUCUUUGCCAAUGCGUUUGCCGGCUGGAUGAGCCACAUCAAUCUUUGGAGUCGCCUCCUUGACCACAAUGACAUCCACAAGCUCACUCUUUGUAAGCACAGCAGUCAGAAAGGGGAUAUCGUAGCCUGGGGGGAAACUCCCAUGACCUUAUGGGGGGGAGUGAUUGUGGAUGCAGACACUAGCUGCAGCUGAUGCUGGCUGAUGAAACAGCAGCGUUUGGGUCAGGGUCGAGAAAAAAACCCUGACUGGUUGGGAUGCAUAUAUAGUAUCAAUUCCUUCCCGCUCAAGCUAUGCAGAUGACAGACUGCUUCUCCUUGUACCCUAUAAGCUUCUUUUUGUCAUCUAAUGAAUGGGCGCUUGCAGGAAGGGGGGGUUGAGUAUUGUCAUUAUGGGAAAAUCUCACAAGGUAAAGGGAAAUGCCCUGUCAUUCUGCCAUGUUUUUGGCAUGGAAUGAAAUACAAACUGCAAAUAGGCGAGAGAAGAAAAAUACACAUGGUUUUACUCCAUUUUGGCCAUUCAUGGGUGCAUUCAUAAGGUCACUUUUUUUAAAAAAAAUGGAUGCAUUCCAGAGAUUCCCUGCUGCCUGGCAUGAUUUCCCUGUAGCCCCUGGGAAAUAGAGAUGUAAAUUCACCUGUUUACAUUGCACAAAGUUGUGCUUAUCAAGGUGGUGACAGGAGAAUGGAAGAGGACAAAUUGUCAGAGCGAAGAUGGAGAACCUUUGGCCCUCCAAAUGUUGCUGAGCUACAACUCCCAUCAUCCCUGGCCAUUGGCCAUGCUUUGCUAGGGCUGAUGGGAGUUGUAGUUCAGCAACACCUGGAAGACCAAAACAUUAUCCACGCCUGCUUUAGAUUAACUGGCCUGGUUAGCUUUGCAUGGCUAAUGUGGUGAGUGGGUGGAAAGGACAUUCGUACUAACACGCCCCUCCCCGAUCCCUUUUUUUUUUCAUUGUACAGGUCACAUCCACACCAUCCAUUUAAAGCACUCUUAUAUACCACUUUAACAGUCAUGGCUUCCCUCCAAAGUAUCCUGGGAAGUGUAGUUUGUUAAAGGGUGCUGGGAACUGUAGCUCUGUGCAGUUUACCCUGCAUCUCAAGUCUGAGGAGUGGGGUUCCUAACAACUCUCAGUACCUUUGACAAGCGACACUUCCCAGGAUUCUUUGGGGGAAGCCAUGACUGUUUAAAGUGGUAUAAUACUGCUUGAAAUGUAUGGUGCAGAUGUGACUGUAUCUUUGCUUACCUCGCAAGCAGUUUGCAUGGCCAAAGAAUCUAAUGCAAUCCCAGGGUCAUACCUGCCCUGUAUUCUUAAGUCCCAGCACUAACCUAACAAUAUGGGAUUUCAUAUCUGUGCAUGGGUAUUUGUUCACACCACAACCACACACUUACAAUUUUGGUAUACGUGUGUGUGUGUGUUUGUGUUGGUGCCACUGUUUGUGCAAGCUUCUGAAAGAUGGAACUAGUAAGGUAAUGCACAUGGCUUCCCACCAAGAAACCUGGGAACUGUAGUUUGCUAAGGGUACUGGGACUUGUAGCUCUUUGAGGGGUAAACUACACUUACCAGGAUUAUUUGAGGGAAGCCAUGUGCUUCAAAUGUAUGGUGUAGAUGUGACUGUCUCAUUGCACGCGCGUACACAGUUUCCUCCUGAAACACGUGUUUGGAAGAUCACCCUGCAAGCGUGAUCCUGACAACCCACCUCUGAGUUUAAAUCAAGGACGUUUGCCCACUUUCAAGCAUUUAUUGGCUAAAUCAUCUGGGUGUGUCGAAUACUUAGCUCAGUUUUCUUAAAAUAGGAGAAGCAGACCCUUAGGCCUUAAACUUGAUCAACCCUAACUGGGAAGAUGGACAGGGGAUUAAAUCCCUCAGAGGAUGCUCAGAGCCUGAAAACAUUCAUGGCAAAUAAAUGUGAUUUGGGGGUUUGUUUGUCUUCCUUGCACUGUGGCUCACAGAGGUGGCACAGCUAUGCUGUAACAAUAAUAAAGUCUGCACCAGUUAA